AAGAAGGAAAUUUAUUUAGUACCUUUUAACCGUCAAUACAUUUUUUAUGAAAAAAAAAGGAUAAAGACUUUACUCAAUAUAGAUGCAUGAUUAUAAACAUUUAGUCAUUUGUAAAAUACAUAACGGUUUACUACUAUUAUUUGUGAGUGUUUAUUUUGUGUUUGAAGAAAAUGCGGAGAAGAAAUCGUGGAACUUCUGCAGGUGAAGAGACUAAGGUAUUUAUAAAAUAUCUGACAGACAAUGAUCAUCCAGACGUCAUUAAAAGAGAUGAUCUUAAAGCGAUAUAUGAAGGAGAAUUUCUUCUACAUCGUCGGAAUAGUAAUCCUCACUAUACUGAUAUUAAAUACAGAGAUGUUUUGCGGUAUCUUAGAUACAAGAACAUGAUACACGAGCUGGGUGAUUAUUACAUAUUUGGAAAGGAUGUACAGGGAGAGUAUGGAAACAUAAUUGGUUCUGAAGACUACAGGAAAACGUUAGAAAAAUGGCAAGAAAAAGCGGCAUGUACACCCAAUUUUUGUGGCGUUUGUGGGGUACAAUGCUCGGGAGAAAACGAUUUUGAUCAACAUCAAAACGGUACUAGACACAGAAUUCAUCAGUUUCAUUACAACAUCUACAAAAACAGGGACCAGAUGUUGACUUGUCCAAGUGGAAUCGAAAUUGAGUCUGUACCAAUGGUAAACACCAGUUUGCUUAUAGAAAAAGAAUGUAGACCUAAAGAUGAGGUAUUCAUGCUGAUUUCCAUCAAAAACAAGAGCCGUGAUUGGCAUACUCUACUACUAAGAAGGUAUUUGUUACUAUGGGAUACAGGCGUUUUUAGAUUGGUACAAAAAGACAACACUAGACCCCCUAGAUUCCACUUUCACAUACAGCCAGGAACUAGCUUUGAGAUGCGUGUACAAUGUAAGGCUCCUGUAGAUUUUGGCCACCACUUUGUUCCAUUAGCAUUCUAUUUUGAGUGGAUGGAUAGGAACAAUAAGCUCAUACAAGACACUGCUGACCAGCAUUCAGAAGAGCUUGUUCCACGUUUUGUCUCUGUGCACGUGCUAGGUGAUUUGCAUGAAGCUAUGGCUCCUAUUGGUCCAUAUAAGAAACCUGACAAGAUUCCUGAUGAACGUGUUGAAGAAACAGUACCUGGUGAGCCGUGCCCAAAGUCCGGGAAAAACUUGUUAGGGGGCAGGCUUUCUCCGAGCUUCAUUCCACCCUUCCUUAAGCAUCAGGUAGAUAAAGGAUUGAAUGCCAAACAUGAGAUACUAGAUUUGAAAUUAAGACGCGCAAUAGACUGCGACCUCGACAUAACGAACUAUAAGUCGAAGUUUGACACACUGUUGUGGACAGAAGAGCUCCAAAUGAUUAAAGACAUAAAAAUAUAUGAUCUCAAAUCUCACGAAAUGACGCUUGACAUGCACAGAGGAGUCAUGAUUUUAGAGGUUCCAGGUCUGAUGGAGAGACGACCUUCAGUAAUGAGAGGGGAUAGGGUGUAUAUUUUUGCCGAUGGAAAUAGAAAUGUUCGAUAUGAAGGUAUAGUGCAUAAGGUAGAAUUGGAGACUGUAGAUCUAGGUGUUUCCAAGAGAUUGAGAGAUACUUGGAUUAAAGGCAAAAGAUAUGAAAUUAGAUUUGACUUUCUAAAGUUUAAUCUAUGGGUACAGCAUAGAGCUCUGACCGGUCUGAAAUAUGCAGAAACGAUUCUUUUUCCUUCCGAAGAAACCUCGUUAUCCAAGAGAGAAGACAAUGUUCCACUAAAGCCUUGGUUUGAUAGAAAUGUCAACGAAGAGCAGCGGACGGCUGUGACGAACAUUGUGCAGGGAACCAGUCGUCCAGGUCCUUACUUGAUAUUUGGUCCACCAGGAACCGGAAAGACAGUUACAGUUACCGAGGCUAUAAGACAGAUAUAUCAUAGCCAACCCGAGGCACGGAUAUUAGCGUGUUGUCCAGAAAACACUGCCGCCGACUUCUUAAUGAAGAAACUUAUCAACCCAAACCAACCUGGCACAAUAAAGAAGAAUGACAUCUAUAGACUGUAUGCCGUGUCUAGACCAUUAAUUACUAUUCCUAAAGAAAUCAUGGAUUCGAAACAGCUCAACUUUGACCGUGAAGAAAGAGAUUUUAUUUAUCCAGCUGUAUCUGAGCUGAAGAAAUUCAAAAUUCUCGUAAUGACACUAAGCACAGUUGGGAGGUUAGUUUCGGCGUCGUUUGAGAGGAACUUUUUCACUCAUAUAUUCAUCGUUUUCUGUUUUAUUGCUUUUUUAUGA